AGCAGCAGUUUUUGGGUUGUUUUCUUAACACAAUAAGUGGAAUUUAGUCGUUCGUGCAAUAGCGGAAGCAAAAUCAUUUAUAAACUACAUCUCGUGUAAAAGAAUCAAUCAACACAUCAUGCAGCUGCCAACGAUUACACGCAAUUAAAUGCUGAUAAUAAAACAUUCCCUACAGAAGCACUCGAAUCGUUAAUAGAGAGUUGAAAACUUAUCACCACAAGUGGUACUAGAGACUAUCAGAAGUGGUUUACCAUCGAAAUGUACAUAAGUGCAAAGGAAUGGCGAAAUCCGAUUUGGUCGAGUAUCGUUCGACGCCUCCGAAUCGUUCCAUUCGGCAGUGGAACGUGCUCUAGACAUGGUGACACAGUACGACCCGAAAUCCUGCUGCUGGCAUGGACCGUAUCGGCCAACCGUACUCAAUCCCGCCGCCAACCUCGGUCCGGUGCUGCUGAACGUGCUCGAGCGAACACCGCAGAAACCGGCGCAGGUGAAUGGUGAUACCGGUUGCACGCUGACCUGUGACGAAUUGCGACGCCGCUCGGUACGGUUCGCCAAGUUUCUGAUCGACUCAGACCACCGGGAAGGUGAUGUGAUCGUGCUGAUAGCGCGCAACUCGGACAACGUAGCGCCGGUCGUGUUCGGAUGCUUCCUUGCCGGUGUAACGCUCAACACACUCGAUCCAUCGUUUGGUUUGGAGGAGGUUCAACAUGUACUGCAGCUUACCCGUCCCCGUACCGCCGUAGGUGACAGUGAUGCGCUCGCGGUCGUUCGGGAAGCUGCAUCACGGAUGAAGCUAGGAUUCGAUAAAAUUUUCUACCUACUGCAAGAAAUCGAUGGACGUGAUUUUACACCACCGGAUAGUUGGAUCUCGGUUGACGCGAUAGUCCAGCAGCGGGUAGACAAUGAGGAUGGAUUUGUGCCAGCGUAUCGGGGUGACUCGAACCAAUUGAUUGCCGCUAUCGUCUGUUCAUCCGGGACUACCGGACUGCCGAAAGCGGUACGAAUUUCACAUGCGCAGCUUAUUGCUCCUUACCAGCGCGUUAGCCAGCUGGAUCUGAACGAUACGCUGCUGUGCUUUAGCACACUGUACUGGAUUUCCGGUCUGCAAAUGCUGAUGACCGGCGUACUUAAUGGCAUUCGGCGCAUAAUUACCACACGUCCUGCUACACCCGAACUCGCUAUCGAGCUAUGCAAUCGGUACGAAGUAACGCUGCUGCUCGUAACGCCGACCAUGGCAAGCGACAUUGUCCGCACACUAUCACCAAACGAACGGCUGCAAUCGGUCAAACUGUUCGCUGUCGGAGGCAGUACGGUACCUAAGCGGUUACGUGACGAGCUAAAUCGACGCGUACUGGUGACCGGUCGUGGACGAUCAUUCGUCGGAUAUGGAACCAGCGAGACGGGUAAUAUCGCUUACGAGCUGAUACCGAGAGAAGAUUCCGUUGGUUUUCUUUUGCCGGGUGUUACUGCGAAGAUUAUAAAUGAACAUGGACAACCGUUGGGCCCGAAUGAAACCGGUGAACUGGUCGUACGUCCCACUUACCCUUUUUUGGGCUACCACGGUGAUGAAUCGGCGAGCAAAGAAGCACGAGAGGACGGUGCGGAAGGUUUCGUACGCACUGGUGACAUUGCUAGGUUUGACUCGGACGGGUUUCUGUAUCUGGUUGAUCGGAAGCGAGAAAUCUUCAAGUAUGACGGCUUCCAGAUUGCACCGACCGAGCUGGAGGAAAUGAUCGCUGAGCUGGAGGGUGUCCGGUACGUCGUCGUUGUUGGGCUGCCGGAUCCUAACCAAUGCUACAACGAUCUUGCUACGGCGCUAAUUGUGCGGGAUGUAAACGAGGCUGGUUCCUCGUCGAAACUGCUCACCGAACAGACGGUAAUGGAACAUUGUGCCCGUACCGCGGAUGGGCGAGCACGGUCCGCCCAUAAAUGGUUACGUGGUGGCGUCAUUUUCGUCGAACAGCUACCGAUGACGGCUAGCGGUAAAGUGAUGCGAAGCGCUGCAAAACAACUCGCAAAACAAUGGAAAUCGGUUAAUUCGUCCACCUGAAUAGACGGCGGAAAAAUGGAAAAAAUAAAUAAAAUAACUCAAGCAUUAUUGUGAUUUGUAAACGGUCCGUUUGAAUUGUGGUAAAAACUCGUUUGACAGUUCCGGGCAGUGUGACCAGAACUACCGAUUUAUCUGUAUUCCUAGCGAUUUUUGAUAAGCCUACCGAUUCACAGACGAGCACCGUGAAACUACCGAUUUUUGAAGAAUCCUACCGAAAAUCACAGAUUUUUCUUAAUAUUACUGAAGAAAUCAUUAAUGUCAAGAAUCAAUUGUCUACAGACAAUAAAAGACUGCAUAUUUCUCUCGAGUUUUGUCUCUUUUUGCGCCGCUGAA